GGCGGGCCCAGUGGGAGUGACUGAUGAGAGCAAAGAGACGACGGAGCUGUCAAACACCAACAACCUUCUGAAAUAUUAUUCCGGGCGGUACAACAAAUAUUCACCGUACUUCGCUCUUUUGUGGAAACCAGAACGACAGAGGCCGACUUUGAAUUCACUUUUUGAAAAUUCCGCCUUUGAGAAUUUGGACUUUUGAACCGUCACGACGAGGACCUUGUUUAUGUGUGUGUGUUUGCAGCAGGCUCACAGGCUAAUGUCUGUUAGCUCUUCGCUCAGCUCGAGUUGUGUUGACAAACUAGCCCGUCCGCUAGUCAGUCAGCGAGCUGCGCUAUCAACUUUGCGGUUUCGGUGAUAACUCGUCGUUUAAAAAAAAAAAAAAAUGCCACCUGGUAAAAGCAUGGGACCCAGCUUUGACUAUACUUCCAAACAUCUACAUGACAUAAAAACAGGUCUCCAAGGAAUCACCAUACCUCUGUUAAACAUGUGAAGCCCUUCACUUGGUGGACACCCCAGUUACAAACAACGAAAACUGGAUUUGUUAAAAAUCUUUUGGAUCCAUUCAGGAUUUAUCACCGGGGACUGAAAAGUCUAUGUGUGCACCAUACUUUACCCAAGGACCCAAACUGAGUCGAUGCUGUGCUGCCGUGAAACCAUCGGCACCAUUAAAACAAACUAGUCCUCUUGUCAUGUGGGUACAUUACAGAAAAAGGCCCAUAUUACCCUCACUGGUAUCACCAUCUUUCUCAUCACCAUGGAUCGGAAUAAACGCAACUCCAUCGCUGGGUUUCCUAUGCGACCUGAACGCCUCAAUGAGGACAGAGAUGGUGUCGGAGGGGUAGGAGUCUGCGAGAUGGGAAUGGGCCCUCCUUCACAGGUGGGCAGGGUGUGGCCGUCAUCCUACAGAGCCCUGAUCAGUGCCUUCUCCUGUCUAACACGCCUCGAUGACUUCACCUGCGAGUGGAUUGGCUCUGGGUUCUUCUCUGAUGUCUUCAAGGUACGUCAUCGAGCUUCAGACCAAGUUAUGGCUCUGAAGAUGAACAAGCUCAGCAGCAACAGAGCAAACAUGUUGAGAGAAGUUCAGCUAAUGAACCGGCUGUCACAUCCAAACAUCCUCAGGUUUAAGGGAGUGUGUGUCCAUGAAGGCCAGCUUCACGCUUUGACAGAAUACAUCAAUGGUGGAAACCUGGAGCAGCUUCUAGACAGCAACAAACACCUGAGUUGGCCCACCAGGGUGAAAUUAGCCUGUGACAUCUCCAGCGGUCUGGCCUACUUGCACUCCAAAGGCAUAUUCCACCGGGACCUCACCUCCAAGAACUGCCUAAUCAAGUGUGAUGACAGCAGCUACACAGCAGUGGUGGGAGAUUUCGGCCUCGCAGAGAAGAUCCCUACAAAUCUUGUUGAAGGAGAGAAGCUUUCAGUUGUUGGUUCUCCUUUCUGGAUGGCUCCCGAGGUGCUGAGAGAUGAACCCUACAAUGAGAAGGCUGACGUCUUCUCCUACGGGAUAAUACUGUGUGAAAUUAUCGCGAGGAUCCAGGCCGACCCAGACUUCCUUCCUCGCACAGAGAACUUUGGCCUGGACUAUCACACGUUCCAGCACAUGGUGGGAGACUGUCCGCCUGACUUUCUCCAGCUGGCCUUCGAUUGCUGCAAUAUGGAUCCUAAACUCCGUCCAUCCUUCCCAGACAUCGUCAGGCACCUGGAGGAGAUUCUUGCCCACCUUAAAGUUGAAGAGAUGGAGCACGAGUGUGUCCCGCUCGGCGGAGACAAUGACAAGAAGACCAUCCCCAAAGGUGAAAAGAUCCAGGGCUUCAAGCGACUGAAUCCUCUUGGCUUCCAGAAUGAUAAAAUCCCUCCCAAAUCGCCUCGCCCCAGACGAAACAUCUGGCUCAGCCGCAGCCAAUCGGACAUCUUCUCCUGCAAGCCGGGAAGAAAAAUCAAUGUCCAGGACCCUUACUACAACCCCCCCACUGUCCAGAGAGCCUCCAAAGUCCGCAAGAUCAACCCGUUCACCGCCCGGGAAGACCUGUGUGGCGGCAAGAUCAAGUUUUAUGACGUGCCCAGCAAGUCUGUCUUCUCGCUGGUGUUCGACCUCCACUCGCCUCCGGGAAGUUUGUUCAGCAACCAGCCGCCUGCUCACGGACCUGUAGGAGCCCAGCAGGAGGCGUCUUAUUACUGGCAGCAGCUGCCAGGAAGACAGUGUCACUCUUUACCGGUGUCCCCCCAACUCCCCCGAUCUGAGAUCUUCCACCUCGCCGCUGCUGUCAGCUCCAAUAACAACGGUUCUGUUACCUGUAACUCCGGUCAGCUGUCAUCGACUCUUCCAGUUGCUAAUUCCAAGUCCGACGCAGGCCUGAUGGGGACUGACGUCCGUCAGAAGUCAGUGCUGAGCGACUGGGCGAAGAAAUACGUCGUGGUCGAGAUCCCACCUUACUGCAGGCUGAGAGGAGGGGAGGACGGUGAUGGGGAGGCGGGCGAGGGGAAGGAUGUGUUUGGGGAGAGCUGGUCUCCGGUGGUCCCCAGCAGCGACAGAGACAGUGGGGAGGUGAUGGACUGUUCCAGCAGCCUACAGGAAGAGGAGGGACGAGGAAGAGGGACGGACACAAUGUAACCACACAUGGAGGUGACAGUGGAAAGAUGCGGUGGUUUUGGACCUGGGAGGCCACGGAGGCAGCAGAAAAUGGAUUUCAAACCGACCCGACUAGACGCAUGCACGGAGAUUUUGUAUGAAUAAAAAGGAAAAAAAGCACUUGAUUUUUAUCUUUCAAGUGAAUGUAUCACAUGUUGAAGAGCUAGAUUUUGUCAGAGCUCUCACCCAAGCGUGACAGUCCCCAGUUAGCACAUUUAUCAACACAAUAGACACUCUGCAGAGAGAUUAUUUUUCUGAAAAGGUUGUUUAUAUUUAAUACUGUGAGAUGUAGAUUUUUUCCCCUUUAAAGGUUUCCUGUGGUCUGCAUUUUGUCUCUGAUGAGGGGUAUUGAAGAUCCCUAUUGUUGCGUGUGAAUGUAAAAAAAAAAGUCUGUUAUGAUACUUAAUGUGUUCACUGAAACAAAUACUAAAUCAAAAAAACAAUCCCACAUCUUUCUAAUAUAUGAAACCGUGUGCUGAUGUUUAGGAGAGAAAACUGUGCUGAAAAACUCACGUAACCUCAGAUUUUAUACCAACCACCAUUUCUACACUGAAUUCACAGAUGAUUUUGUGCAGCUCAUCCCUUUUAGUUAUUUAUUCUAUAAGAUAAACAUUCGCAGUGGACUCCAUGACUGUAACUGUGUCUUUAUGAACUCUUUAAGGACCUUUCUGAUGGUUUUGGCAUCUUUUGGCCCACUUACUUCAAAAGUACAGCAGUUUGGUAGCACUUGGAGACAACACAGUCAUUUCACAGAAUCAGACACCUUAAAUUAAUCACAGAGGAGCCAUCGAGAUAUUAAAUCCAGAAAACAAACUGUUGGGAAACAAGGACAUUGUAAAACUCACGUCAUAAUGGGUUUUUUUUUAAGUAAAAGCUUGAAUUUCACGAGUCAGAAUUGACUUUUCAAAGCUGUCCUUUCUUGCAAUUCUGUUGACGGUGAUAAAAUGGUUAAACAAUGAAGCCAAAAAACAGUUAUGAUGGCUUACCACCCUAAAAAAAAGAUUAAAACUAUACACAGCUACUUUUAAAAGACAUAACAAUCAUCAAAAGUUUGACUUUAUUAAUGACUGAACUCAAUCUUACCCACUUCAAUGCUCUCAGUAGCCUCACCUGGUUAUUACCAAAAGAUUACGGUGGCUAACUUGAAAUUAAAAGUAAAUUACACGACAUGCACCCAAACAAGUAAUCCACAGUCAAAUAUUUCUUGAGGCAGUGUUAUAAAACGAGGUUUUUGCUGUGGGUAAAAAAGUUGCCAUGUUUGUAUUAACAUGCAGAGGCAUUACUGAUCCGACUAAAUGUGUCCAACAGAUUUAAUUAAACCUGAAUUACAGCUUCCUAAAUGCACAGCAAACCCUUAACUUACCUGAAAACUCAAGUGAUAAGUUAUUUCACUUGGAAGCAGCACAUGAGUCGAUUUGGUGGAAUAAGCUUUAGAAAAUAGAAACAGCACAACCUGGUGUUCCACUCUGCCAAUCAGAAGGCCUCAUGUUCUGCUCUGUGAGAAACAUUUAAGCCACUAAAAAUCAUCACAAAUGAUCAGUAUUUAAUAAAUGCUAUUGUUCUUUGGAGUAAUUUAUCGACUGAUUAAAUUAUACACGUGAUGCUAUGAAGUGGUUUUCUGCAGAAACUCCUCCGUAUGUGGUAGCUGCUAACAUCUGGUUUCGUUUCAUUAAGUUCUCACGACAUGUCGUACUUUUCACUCCGUUUCAUGUCUGAAUUAGCACAAGAAUUUGCAGUGUCUUCGCUAUUUCAGUACACGUCCUCUUGAAUGAGUAUUAUAAUCGUUGUAAAUGUUUAUCAGAACAGUUUUCAGUGUACAAACUCAGUGAAAUUAGCUUGACAUUGUUGAACAUAUUUGCCUCGACUCCCUCCAGCACUUCAUUUACUUUUCUUCCAUUCUGUUGAUCGGAUGACGUCAGUACGAACUAAAAUGCACAUGUACAGUGACCUAUACAGCAUACAGCGCUCUCUUAUCACUACUUUUCUAUGCAACUUGUAGCACACAGUUUUUUGUUUUUUUUUGCAGGAUAUUUAUGAGAUAAAACAAAACAUUUAAUGUCUUACCUUUGUACAUUUGUGUAAAAAGUUUGUUACCCGCUUUGUUGAAACAGAUUGAGAUGGGUUUUUUUUGUUUUUUUUCCUGAUUGAAUAACAAAAGCUUACCUGA